AUGACAAGAGCAGAAAGGAAGCAUACUGUUAGAGGUUUUUCUUCGGUUAACCGGCUAAGAGAGCAAAGAUCUCUGCGGUUCGUAUUUCCUAGGGAGUUGAUUGAGUGUUGUUUUGCUGUGGCUACCGCAGAGGCUUUGGGAGCACUCUGCGUUGUGGAGGGAUUACAACCCUUCCACAUCGAGUUAUCAGUACAAGAAAUUUUUGAUAAUUCACAGAAGCUUCCUGAGAAUUCACACCAGAUUUUUGAGGAUCUACCCUAUCGUAAUUCAAAUAGAGGAGCAGGAAAGUACAUUCAAGAUUUUGGCAUCUGUGAAGCAUUGGAUUAUCCCUACCGUGGUCGCAAGGCGAAAAAGCCUCGGUGCACCGAUAGGAAAUUUUGGCAAUUAAAGACCGCUACCGAUGAAAAUGAAAUACUUGCGGAAAUAAGGAGAUGCCCAAUUGCAGGAUUGGUAUGGGGAGAUGAUAAUCUCACGGAGCUUGGUGCAGAUGAAAUUUAUGAUCCUGAUCCUACCCAAGCAACUAAAGUGAGAGGACAUGCUGUACUGAUUACGGGAUAUGCCACUAUAGGUGGUAUCCCGUGUUAUGAAGUAAAAAAUAGUUGGGGUAUCGGUUGGGGAGCUCAAGGCUACGGCAUGAUAGCCAGGCGUGUCAUGCCCAAGGUGGUAGCUUUCAAAUCUGCAUAUAUUGAACCCGCCGCGAGAACUACUAAUAAUGGUUUAGCUAGGAGAAAAAUGAUAAGAUGGUGA